UGACUUUGCCGGUCCCGCCUCCUUCCCUCCCUCCUUCCUUUCUUCCCUUUCCCUCCUUCCAGUCCAGCUGGGCCAGCUAUUUAAAUCUGGACUCUUGGACUGUCCGGACACAAUUUCCCUGGGGUCCAGCAGCAAGGAGAAAGCUGAACAGUCACCAUGAAGUCUUUGGCCCUGUUUUUCGCAGCCGUGCUGCUGAGCAGCUCCUGGGCCAACCCGCUGAUCCAAGACGAGGCCAAAACCAAAUGGGAGGAAACCGUGGAAUCCUUUUGGGACUACGUCUCCCAAGUGGGAAACGCGGCCGACGAUGUCACGGCUCAGAUCAAGAGUUCCCAGCUUAGCAAGGAACUGGACGGCCUCAUCACGGACACCAUGGCGGAGCUGGACCAGUACACGGAGGACCUGCGCUCCAAGUUUGGCCCGUAUGCGCAGGACGCGCAGCAGCGCCUGAGCAGCGAGGUGUCGGCCUUGUCGGAGAAGCUGCGCUCGGACAUGGAGGAGACCAAGGGCAAGCUCGUGCAGUACACCAGCGACGCCCGGCUGAUGCUGGACCACAACCUGGAGGUAGUGCGCUCCCAGCUGGGGCUCUUCCUGCGCAAGCUGAAGAAGCGCCUGGCCAAGGACACGGAGGAGCUGCGCCGCAAGAUGGCCGAGUACGCCCGGGAGGUGCGCGCCAGCACCGACGAGAAGGUGGAGGCCGUGCGCCAGGGCCUGGAGCCCUACCUGGCCACCCUGCGGGAGCGCGGGCAGCAGCGGCUGCAGGCCCUGGGCCAGGCCGUGGGCGAGCAGGGCAGCAUGGUGCACCAGCAGCUGAGCGGGCGCGCCGCCGAGCUCCACGAGCAGCUGCGCCAGAGGGCCCAGGAGGUGCAGGGCUCCUUCGACCAGGCCGCCCAGGCCCUGCGCCAGUGGUUCGCCCCCUUCCUGGAGGACGUCUCCUCCCAGGUCCAGGCCCUGGUUGAGAAGGUCAAGGCCCUCCAGGCCUGAGCCAGGCACAAGGCAUGUGCCUGCACAUGCGCACGGAAGGAAGCCGGCCUGGCCCUCCGGGACUCCUUGGCACUAACCCCACGCUCCCUCGCUCACUCGCUCUCUCCUCCUACCUGGCACCCUCCUCACACACACACCCACCACAGCAGACUCUCCCUUAACCAGAACUCUCACUUAACCGGAAUUAUCCCUUAACUGGGAAUCUCAGUUAGCCAGAACUCCACUGGACAAGCAGAAAUCGCAAUUAACCAAAAGUCUCAGUUAACCAGAACGGGACCCUCAGUUAACCAGGAGUCUCAGUUAACCAAAAUGGGACUCUCAGUUAACCAGAAGUCUCAGUUAGCCAGGGCUCCCAAUUAACUGGGAAUCUCAGUUAGUCAGAACACUCUUGCACAAGCAGAAAUCGCAAUUAAUUAGAAGUCUCAGUUAACCAAAAUGGUACUCUCAGUUAACCAGAAGUCUCCGUUAACCAAAACCGUACUCUCAGUUAACCAGAAGUCUCCGUUAGCCAGGGCUCUCGAUUAACUGUAACUCUCAGUCAACCAGAACACUCUGGUAACCAGAACACUUUCAGUUAGCCAGAAAUCCAUUGGACAAGCAGAAAUCACAAUUAACCAAAAGUCUCAGUUAACCAGAACUGGACUCUCAGUUAACCAGAAGUCUCAGUUAGCCAGGGCACUCAAUUAACUGGGACUCUCAGUUAACCAUAACACUCUGGUAACCAGAACACUUUCAGUUAGCCAGAACUCUCUUGGGUAACCAGAAAUCCCAGUUAACCACAGCUCUCCAUUAACCGGUAUUCUCAGUUAGCCAGAACUCUCUCUGACAACCAGAAGUCUCACUUAACCAAAAGUUUCAGUUAAUCAGAGCUCUCGGUUAACUGGGACUCUUGGUUAAAUGAAACUCUCAGUUAAACAGAACACACUCUGGUAACCAGAAGUCUAAGUUAACCAGGACACUCAGUUAACUGGAAAUCUCAGGUAACCAGAAUCCUCUCAGUUAACUAGAACCUUCUAGUAAUCUCAGUCAACCGGAACACUCAGUUAAUUCGAUACUGCCAGUUAACCGGAACUCUCAGUUAACUGGGACUCUCAGUUAACCAAAACUUCCUGAUAACCAGAAGUUUCAGUUAACCAGAGCUCUCAAUUAACCACAAUUAUCAGUUCACCAGAACUGCCAAGUAACUGGAACUCUCUGUUAACUAGAGCUCCCAGUUACCCAGAGUUCUCAGUUAACCAGCAAAAGCCAAGAUGACCUCCAGACGUGCUUCAAUGCGCCAUGCCAUGUACUAACUACAAACACAAUACAGGAGACUCUCAGCUAACCGGGACUCUCAAACAACCGGCAACAAAAUAAUAAUUGAAGAAAUAAUACCUUAAAUAAAUAUUAAAACACAAUCUGUUUUAACAAAGCUGCUUUUCGUAAUAUGGUAGACUCUUGGUUAACCGGAACGCUCAAGCAACAAGUAGGAAAAAUAGUCAAAGAAAUCAUCGUUUAAAUGCCGGUUAACUGAGAGUCUAUCGUUUCCCCACGUCUUCUCCUUAGCCAAAGGGCAGCCGUUGUGGCGAAUUAACAUCCUGCACAUUUUUUGUAACCUUCGUGCAAGAUUUCUUUGAACAUCCCGCCCUCUCUCUCUUUUUGGAUCUGUAACAAUAAAAUAUACUUUGGUUUAU